AUGCCACCAGCCAUCAAGAUCCAGCCUAGAAGACCUAAAUAUAAGAAAAGAAAGCUGGAGCAGGGAGAGAAGGGUGCCCAAAGCCAAUCUGUGCAAAAGCCUGUGAAAAGGAGGAGUACCUGCAACAACUGUGGGCAGCAAGGUCACUAUGAAAAAACUUGCAAGAACCCUACAGUUACUCCACUAGCAGUUUCUUCACCAAAAAAAGGAGGAGGUAGACCCCAAUCUGAUAGUGACUGGGUGAAAGAACAAAGAAAGAAGAAAAACCUCAGAGCAUUGCAGAAGGAAAGUGCACUAGGUGCUACUGCUGGACCUAACAGCAUUGGGAACAGGACAUUCCCUCAAGAGCAAUAUAGGAAGGAGCAGCAGCAGAAAGCACAGCAGAAGCAACAACAACAACAACAACAACAGCAGGAGCAACAAAGUCAGCAGACUCAGUAG